ACACAAACCGACAUGAUGGAACUGGUGGAGCGUAUCUAUUUGCGGUACAUCGUCCCGCAUGCUGAGAAAGAGAUCAUGCAGCUGCCCACUCCUCUCCGCAGCGAAAUAGCCCAGCACUUUGCUGGCCAGAUCACUACACCGACCGAUCCACACAUCUUUGGACCAGCCAAGAUCCACAUACACCAUCUACUGCAAUUGGUUUUUCCGACAUUUGUCCACUACAAGGUUCUAAUGAACCUCACCCUAAAACAACAGAUCGGGAGAAUUGUCGCAGGUCUCUUGGGCCUUAUGAUCGGCUUUUCACUAGAGUUCUCCCUGAUAUUUCUAAACAUUCAUCCCUGGCAAAGACGAAUCUGGGGUCUAUUGCCUAUUGGAGCCGGUCUCUUUUGCUUAAUAACUGGUUUGGCGGGAUUAGAUCCAUUUUGGGUUUUGUGUCUAAACAUCAGGCAUACAACUACUUUUCAUUUCAACCCUGUAGAAGAACCACGAGUCAAAUUGAUUUUACGGAAUCGUUCCAUUGCUCUCCUGCUCCUAUUCAUAGCUCUGACCUCACUUGUCUUAAUAGUCUUUUGUGCUGUACCAGGAAAACGUCUU